AUGGGCAGCGACAAUGAUGUGAUGUCUUCGGCGUUCGUGUUUCGACCAUUUUUCGAAAUGGUCACUUCUCAGUUGUGGGCGUGUCCUCCAACCGACAACCCGGGCGGCCUUCAAAAUCGCCGGCCCGAAAUUCAUCAACAGCAGAAGAUGGUAAUUGAGCAGAUUGAAGUGAUUGAACAUCGAAUUAUUGAGGAAGGUCGAAGACCGAGCGGAGGAAUUCUUUUGCCGCCAGUUUCAACCGUUCGUGAGACCAGAGAAUCAUACGAGCAUCGAUCUGAUGGGGCAAUUCAUGACAGAAGAUUUGAAAUAACCGGUGAACGAGACGUCAGUCGUGAGCCAUCAUUUCUUCACAAUUCCGCAAAUUACGGCCAACAAAUCGAGCUCUCACCUCAACCACAAAGGUACAGCGUCAGCGGAGCAGCGGCGGCCCAGAAUUCAAGUAUUCUGAAUACAUCGGGAGGCAGUCGCCUGGAUUAUAGUGGCGAUAGUACAGUGAUCAACAAUUAUGGGUACGAUGUGCACGAGGUCCACACAUCGGAAGGUGGCGCUCGGAUUGUGGAGAGUCACGGAGGAGGACCAUUGAGGGAAACGAGCCGGAUUGAGCAUGUCGAGGAGACCGUCACGAGACCACUGACUUCUGCAAUGAAAGGCGGUCGAAAUUCGGCGAACAUCUUCACGACAAAUGUGCAUGGAUCGGGCAAUCUGAAUCACUCAUUCCGACAGGAUUAUUCCAGUGAUCCAGAAUCGCUUGCUCGAAAGGACAGCUAUCGGGCGAUGCAAUCCUCGUGGGACGAUCAAGUCGACAAGCACCAAAUGUCGACGUUGUCGUCGCGACGAUUCCCGCCGCAAUCGCAAACGUCGCUGGUUUCGCGUGAGACGCGAAGAAGCGCGCGAGGCGACGGAUGCUGGACGCGAGCCAAAUUGUUCUUCUCGAACGUUCAUGACGCGUUCAGAAAUGCCGACUACACACCGGAGCUGAUGCGAAGCCUAUGCUGCAUUUUUCUGCUCCUCCUCCUCCUCCUCAUCCUGCUGUUCAUCAUCUUCAGCGCGAUCUUCAAUCGGUACGCAGUCGCCGAGUUUUUGAUCUACCCGCCCGUCUGCGAGGAGUGCCGCCGAAAGAAUCCCGCGCUCGUCUCGGCCUCGCUACCCUCAUCAGUCUUCAUUCAUUUCCAUUCGAAGCAUCAAGCGCACUUCGAGUUGCGCGGCAACGCGCCAUUCAAAUCGAAUAGUUUUACGGCUCUCGAUUUCACUACAGGUUAUGCUGCAAUAGCGGACCACUCACUAACCGAUGCUCAAGGCAAACAUUUCACAUGCUUCUUGAUUCCAUUGGACAGAAGUGCAAUUGAGAGCAUCGAUCAGCUAUCGGAAGCGGUCGGCGAUUCGGAUUACGAGAUUCAAUCGACAUUCGGCUGGCAGGAAUUCUGGCAAUUCGACCCCGAACCGAUCGACGCGGUCACGGCGAACGCGAAAUUCACCGAUAAAAUCGACGAUUGCCGCAACGCGAAAUGGUUUCUGCUGAGGCAGACGGUGCACGGAAGAGACGUCUCGUGCGGCGACUGCUACGACUUCUGCCUUCCCGAUUGGGCCGUCGUGCGCAAGGAGAAGUACGAGGACCAAUCGACAAUCGGCGUUCGCCGCCUCAACUGCUUCCGGCUCUACGUGCCCGAAUGGCGCAAUUUCCGCGUCGAGACCGACGUUGCCGGCGGCCAUUGGAAAUAUCCGCUCGCGUCGCAGAGCACCAAACGCGACAAGAAUGGCGAAUGGGUGUCAUGGGUGCCGACCACCGAGUCCGAGGGGCUCUCGCGUCAACGCGCUUAA